UUGAUUCUACCGCCCAAUGUGAAUCCAGGAUUUCGGUGUACCAUGUGAUCGCUGUUAUCACGUGACUUUGGUGACAUCAGCGGCCCUUUAGAUAGUUAGGAACUAGCUAGUUACUACCGAGGUAUGGAUUGAUAGUGAUACCCGGGAAACAUGGACCUGCAACCGGAGGAGAUAUAAUUUACCCCUUUUAGCGUGGCAAGAGAUUUAUGGACUUGUACAUGAUGAAUUGUGAGUUAUUAGCAACUUGCAGUGCCUUGGGGUACUUGGAAGGAGACACUUACCAUAAAGAACCUGAUUGCCUGGAGAGUGUGAAAGAUUUAAUUCGCUACUUGCGACAUGAGGAUGAUACACGAGAUAUCCGUCAACAGUUGGGAGCUGCACAGAUUCUGCAAAAUGAUUUGGUCCCUUUGGUCAUCCAGCACCAUCAAGACAAGCAGCUAUUUGAUGCCAAUGUGCGGCUAAUGGUAAACCUCACUCAGCCAGCUCUCCUGUGCUUUGGAAAGGUUCCCCAGGACCCUACAUUUAGACAUCAUUAUCUGCAGAUUGUAUCCUACUUACAAGCUUACAAGGAGGCCUUUGCAAAUGAGAAGCUGUUUGGAGUAUUGAGCGAAAAGUUGUAUGAUUUGCUGCAAUUGGACUGGGAGAAUCGUGAAGAGGAACAUAAUCUACUUAUUGAAAGGAUUCUUCUAUUAGUUCGUAAUAUUCUUCAUGUGCCUGCUGAUCCGGAGGAAGAAAAGAGUGUGGACGAUGAUGCCAGCACCCAUGAUAGAGUGCUCUGGGCUAUCCAUAUGAGCGGAAUGGAUGACCUUAUCAAAUUUCUUGCUAGCUCUGAAACAGAACAACAGUGGAGCAUGCAUGUGAUGGAAGUUGUUUCUCUUAUGUUCAGAGACCAGAAUGCAGAGCAUUUGGCUGCUACUGGUCAGGCAAGAUCUACUACAGAAAAAUCUGCUGAUGUGAAAAACCUUGAAAUAUUAAGACAAAGAGAACUGGCAGAGAAAAAGAGUAGGGUAUUCCAACGUGGCACACGGCAUUCUCGUUUUGGUGGUUCUUAUAUUGUACAAGGCUUGAAAUCCAUAGGAGACAAAGAUGUUAUUUAUCACAAGGGUCUUCAUAAUUUUAAGAAUUAUUCUCAUGACCUUGGAAAAGAAAUUAAAAGAGUUCCCAAGAGAAAGCAACAAGCUAAGGAUACAGAAAAGAAACGUCGCUCUGCAUUAAAUGUACGUCUGUUUCUGAAAGAAUUUUGUAUAGACUUCUUGGAAAACUGUUACAACAGGCUAAUGUACAUUGUUAAGGAUAACCUGAUUCGUGAGAAGGGCCAGCAGCAUGAUGAGACGUAUUAUUUGUGGUCUAUCGCUUUCUUCAUGGCCUUUAAUCGUCUCUACCGGUUCCGACCAGAACUUGUGUCUGAGACUGUUAGCAUUCGAACCUUUCUUAUAGAGCAAAAUCUUACAAACUACUAUGAAAUGAUGUUGACUGACAAGAAGGAAGGCCACCUCAUGGGCACGCAGGACAAAGAGUGCUCAAAUCAGGAAUUUCCACACUCAAAGUUCGCAGACAAGAAUCCAUCUCCUGAAAGCACCAUGACAGGAUUGCAACAGGACCAAUUAUCACAAAUUGUAUCCAAGAUGAGUAAAUUACCCUCUAAAACAGAUAUAGACUCCCUAAAAGAGCUGAUAAAAACGGAGAUCUCAGAUCUUAGGAAAGACAUUACAGACAUAGGACCUACACUAGCUGAAACAGAGGACAUGAUGGAAGAGGAAGAAGAGGAGGAAGUAGAGGAAGAGGAGCUUACUUCUGUUCAAGUCUCUGAGAAGGAAUUUAACUUUUUGGAUUAUAUGAAACGAUUUGCAAGCUCCAAUGUCGUGAAGGCAUACUUUCUGUUGCUUAAGAAAUAUCAGCAGAACAGUGCUCACAAGAACCACUGCCUGGUGAAAAUGCUACAUCGCAUUGCUUAUGAUCUCAAGAUGAGGGCAUUGCUCUUUCAGCUGUCUGUCUUCUGCCUUUUCAACCAUAUCCUUAUUGACCCUGCAGCUGGUGCAUACAAAGAAUUGGUAGCUUUUGCAAAAUACAUCCUAAAUAAGUUCUUUGCUCUGGCUGCCACAAACAACAAAGCAUAUGUAGAGCUGCUGUUCUGGAAGAACACAGCAUUUGUGCGGGAGAUGACUGAGGGCUACUGGAAGCCGGAGAGUUGAAGACAGGUGAUGAUCAAAAAACGAUUAAAAUGGACUCCAGAGGAGGAGGAAGAGCUCAGGUACUUUAUUUUGCAGUAUAAGGAGGUGGAAGAUACAGAUGUGGUGGAUAAUAUACUAGCUAACCUGAAGCCUGGAAGCAGAACUAGAAAGCAAAUUAUAAAUCAUCUGGUGCAGAUGGGACUUGCUGAGAGCGUCAAGGACUUCAAAAAGGAGACCAAGGGAACACGUGUUGUGCUUUGGACUGAGGACCAAGAGAUGGAACUGCAGCGCCUCUAUGAGGAAUUUCAAGAGAGUGAUGACAUUCUGGGAAACAUAAUGAAGAAUGUGACAGCAAAGCGUUCCAAGGCUAGAAUUGUUGAUAAACUUAUAAGCAUGGGACUGGUGUCCGAACGUAAAGAACUUUACAAGAAAAGAAAAAGAAAAGGGAAGUCCUCGGGCAUGUCUGAAGAGGAGUUUCUUCGUGACUUGGGAAUAGAUGGAAAAGAUAAUGAAAUGGAGGAUUAUGAGGAAGAGGAAGAAGAUAAUGAGACUGAAGAAGAAUGGGAAGACACAAAGGUGGAGGAGAAAGCAAAGGAAAGGUCAGAGAAAAAGACAGACUAUGCUGUAGAUAAGAAGAUACAACACAUUGUGCGUACAUUGGAACAGGAGGGUUUAUCUAGCCCCAUAAUUUGGCUCCAAAACUGUUUGAACCGCACUGCAGAAGACCGAGAAGAGGAUGGAUCUUCUCAGUCUGUUCCCCUUGUGCCUUUAACUGAGGACAAUGAGGAUGCGAUGGAAAUGAAAACAUUCCAAACGCUGUUAAAAAAGUUGGGUAUUAGACCACCAGCUAAUGAGCAGGAAUCGUUUUGGCGUAUCCCAGCUAAGCUGAGCCCUGAACAGCUACGUAAGGCAGCAGCCUCUCUUGUUCCAACAUCUACAGAUGAUGCAGCUGAAAUCGGUGAGGUCUGUGAGGAGCAGGAGCCCACCUUAGAGCAGAGAGCAGAAGCGUUACGUGCUCUGUUACUUAAACGAAAGAAAAAGACUACAAAAGACGUUGAAGAAAAUGAGGAACCAGACCAGCCAGCCCCAGACACUUCCUCAGAACCAGACGUUCUAGCUAAUAGGAGUCAGGUUGUACCCGUGCUCUGUGGGGAUGACUGUGGCCAUUCUUCCGCUCGUUCUUGA